CCUGAUUUACAACAGAUUGUGUGACUGUACUGUAAAGAAAAUGGCAGAAACCGCGCCAGCUGCUGCCGCUCCGCCUGCUAAAGCGCCCAAGAAGAAAUCUGCUGUUAAAGCCAAGAAAUCGGGCCCAAGCGUGGGCGAACUCGUCGUCAAAGCUGUGUCGGCUUCCAAGGAGAGGAGCGGCGUGUCUCUCGCCGCCCUGAAGAAAGCUCUCGCUGCCGGCGGCUACGACGUGGAGAAGAACAACUCCCGCGUCAAGAUCGCUAUCAAGAGUCUGGUGACUAAAGGCACUCUGGUCCAGACCAAAGGAACCGGCGCUUCAGGAUCUUUCAAAUUCAACAAAAAACAAGCCGAGACAAAGAAGCCGGCGACGAAAGCCGCUCCUAAAGCAAAGAAGCCCGCUGCUGCUGCCAAGAAGCCGAAGACUGCAGCGGCAAAGAAGACCGCAGCAAAGAAAUCCCCCAAGAAGGCCAAGAAACCUGCCGCCACCGCCGCUAAAAAGGCAACGAAGAGCCCCAAGAAGGCGAAGAAGCCAGUGGCCCCCAAGAAAGCAACUAAGAGUCCAAACAAAGCUGCCAAAAGCCCAAAGAAGGUCAAGGCUGCCAAACCCAAGACGACAAAGAAAAAGAAGUAAAUUCCUUCUCCAGACUUUUCAUUAAAAGGGCUCUUUUAAGAGCCACCCACCAGCCCACUAAAGAGCAGCGUUUCACUGACAUCUUGAUAUGAUCUUGGUUGUGUUCUU